GCAUCAAUGGAUUUGCGUAAACAGAUGUGGACAGUGCUAGCAGUGCUUUCUCUUAUCGUUCAACAUUCUCAGGCCAAAGUCCCCUGGGAAGUCCAACGAUAUGACGGCUGGUAUAACAACUUAGCCUAUCACAGUCGAGGUGCUGUUGGUUCCCCCCUGGUCCGCCUCCUGCCCGCGCGCUACUCUGACGGGGUCCUCCAGCCGCUCCAGGAGCCACAGCUUCCCAACCCGCGCAGGGUCAGCGAUGUGACGGCCAGAGGCCCCUCGGGCCUACCCUCUGCACAUAACCAGACUGUACUCUCUGUAUUCUUCGGGUACCACGUUGUAUUUGAGAUCCAGGACUCCCGGCCUCCCGGCUGUCCUCCGGAAUUCAUGCACAUCCCCGUCCCAGAGGGAGACCCAGUCUUUGACCCCAACCGUACCGGCCGGGUCCUACUGCCCUUCCAAAGGGGGCCCUGGGAAAAACACUCCAGCCAGAGCCCCAAUAACCCCCGCACACAGGUAAACCUGGUGACAGCGUGGCUGGACGGCAGCUCUAUCUACGGCCCGUCUAGUUCCUGGUCUGACGCCCUGAGGAGUUUCUCUGGAGGUCUCCUAGCCUCGGGGGAGCAGUGGGACAUGCCCAAGAGGGGCGGGGGUAGUAACCUCAUGUGGAGCGCUGCUGAUCCCUCCACUGGUCAGCAUGGACCUGAGGGGCUCUAUGAGUUGGGUAACGCCUGGGGCAACGAGAAUGUGUUCACCAUGGCCGAGGGGAUCGUGUGGUUUCGCUACCACAAUUACAUCGCCUCCCAGCUACGUGAGAAACACUCGUCGUGGUCUGACGAAGACCUGUUUCAAAGCGCCAGGAAAACCGUGGUUGCCACGUUCCAGAAAAUUGCAUUCUAUGAAUGGCUGCCUGGAUUCCUGGGGGAAAAGACAAUGUCUCCAUACCUAGGCUACCAGAAGUUUGUGGAUCCAGGGAUCUCGCCUGAGUUUCAGGCAGCUGCCAUACGUUUUGCCUCUACGAUGGCUCCCCCUGGUGUCUUCAUGAGAAACACAACGUGCCACUUUCAGAAGGUUGUCAACAUCGAUGGGAGCACGUCACCAGCCAUGCGAAUGUGUAACAGCUUCUGGAACCGUCAGAACCCCAACGUGAAGUCAGGACAGGAUAUAGACCGUCUGAUUAUGGGCAUGACCUCACAGAUCGCAGAGAGAGAGGACAACAUCAUCGUGGAAGACUUAAGAGAUUACAUGUACGGUCCUCUGCGGUUCUCGCGGUCGGACCUGGUGGCUCUGACGGUGCAGAGAGGCCGAGACUUUGGUCUGCCCAGCUACAACCAGGUCAGAGAGGGCCUCGGCCUGGCCCCUGUAGAGAGGUGGGGAGACGUGAACCCUGAGCUCAACACCACCAACCCACAGCUAUUCAGGGACCUUGCAGCCCUGUACCACGGGGACAUUUCUAAACUGGAGCUGUUUCCCGGAGGUCUCCUCGAGUCUGUGGACGGUCCUGGUCAGGUCUUCUCCUCUAUCAUACUGGACCAGUUCACCCGCAUCAGGAACGGGGACCGCUUCUGGUUCGAGAACACACAGAACGGUCUGUUCACAGCUGAAGAGAUGGAGGCCAUUUGGAACACAACCUUUCAUGACGUCAUUACAGCGGUCACCAGCGCGGAGGCUGGGGACAUACAGAGAAGAGUCUUCUUCUGGAAGGAUGGUGACCCUUGUCCCCAGCCCUCUCAGGUCACGACCUCUGAGCUCCACCCCUGCACCAACGUCACCAAGCUCAGCUACUUUGACGCCGGGAGUAAAGCCGGCUUCGGCAUCCUAGUCAUCUGCCUGUUCCUCUUUCCAGUUGUGAGCUUCCUCAUGGCUCUUGUGGUGGCCUACUUCAGAAAGUCCAAGUUUAAGAAGUUCCAGAAGGCAGGAGCUCACGACACAACAAAGGAACCCGCUGCUGGAAUCACAGCCUGUGAGUGGCAGGGCCCUAAGAAGCCCCUGCGUCCAGUCAAUCUGUUGGUGGAUGAUAAGAGCAGACUGCAGGUGUUUGACCAGUCUGGACCCGCUCAACGGUCACUCGGCCUUGGUUCCCAGACCCACCUGGACGUCCUGCUGUCCAGUGACUAUUACCGAAGGGCUCUGCUGAUGAAAGUACCCAAAGAGUAUGACCUGGUGCUGUACUUUGAGGACGAGGGCCAGCGUGGAGAGUUUGUCCGGUACCUUCGCUCUGAGGUGACAGUCAGUGGACAGGAGCUGGCGGUGAGGGACAUGACAGAGAAGGAGCUACUGAGAGAGGCAGUGACCAGAGAUCAGAGGACUCAGAUAGUCGAGUCCUUCAUCAGGAGUGCCUUUGCCAAGGUCCUGGAGAUAGAGAAGGCCGGUGUCAGAGACCUGAGUGGUGCUUCCUGUAGGAAGACCCGGGAAGCCCUGCAGACUGAGCUGACAGGAACUGAGUUUGCCGACGCUCUGGGACUCAAACCGGACUCGCUCUUCGUCGACUCCAUGUUCACGCUGGCCGACAAGGACGGAAACGGAUACCUCUCCUUCCAGGAGUUCCUCGAUGUCAUCGUCAUUUUCAUGAAAGGUUCACCAGAGGAAAAAUCCAAGCUGAUGUUCUCAAUGCACGACGUUGACGGAGACGGUUUCUUAUCAAAAGAGGAUUAUUCCAGACUACUUCGGUCCUUCAUUGAGAUCUCCAGCAGCCUUCUGUCUAAGGGCCAGGCUGAGGAGGCUAUCCAAGCCAUGCUACAGGCCGCGGGCUUCAACGACAAGGAACAGAUCACCUGGGAGGACUUCCACUUCUUGCUUCGGGACCACGAGAAGGAGCUGAAAUUUGCCCAGCUCAACAUUAAAGGGAUGGAAAAGGAGGGAGGAAACAGACUGAGUCGGAACCAACGUGUAUCUUUCAUCACCCCAGAGAGGAACAGCUCGCCCUUAGAAGGGGACACACAGGUCUCCAGCAGCUUGGGGAAAGACGGACAAGAGCUUCGUAGACGACAAGGGAAAAGAUCGGGCCUCCAGAGUCCUAAGGUCUACGUGAAGCCUAAGAAGGAUCGCUCCAACAGGAACGCCGUCCAGCAGAAGAUCCAGCACUUCAAACGUUUCAUAGAGAACUACCGUCGCCACAUCGUCUGUUUCAUCGUCGUCUACGGCAUCACAGCCGGAGUGGCUCUGGAGAGAUGCUACUUCUAUGGUUUGCAGGCAGACUCUUCGGGCGUGCCGGAGACGUCGGCGGUGGGUAUAGUGGUGUCGCGUGGUUCGGCGGCGGCCAUCUCCUUCCUGUACCCCUACAUGUUGCUGACGGUGUGCCGUAACCUCAUCACCCUGGGACGAGAGACCUUCCUCAACCGAUACAUCCCUUUCGACGCCGCUAUAGACUUCCAUCGCUUCAUGGCCAUGUCCGCCAUCUUACUCACAGUCACCCACUGUCUGGGUCACGUGGUCAACAUCUACGUGUUCUCGGUCAGUGACCUCAGCAUCCUGGCCUGUCUGUUCCCCAGGGUCCUAGCCAACAACGGGUCUGAGAUGCCGUUGAGAUGGUCGUGGUGGUUCUUUCAGACAGUUCCAGGAAUGACGGGUAUCCUGCUUCUGUUCACCUUUGCGUUUAUGUACGUCUUCGCAUCACACUACUUCCGACGAAUCAGCUUCCAGGGAUUCUGGCUCACACACUACCUCUAUGUGCUUAUCUACAUCCUGACAGUGGUCCACGGUAGCUACGCUCUCCUUCAACAGCCGAGUUUCUACAUCUACCUGAUCCCCCCGGCUCUGCUCUUCCUCCUGGACAAACUCAUCAGCCUCAACAGGAAGAAGGUGGAGAUCCCUGUGGUCAAUGCUACGUUGCUCCCCUCAGCGUACACCCCCGACAACCUGGAGCAACUAGGAACAUAUCCAAAGCUGUACCUGGACGGGCCGUUUGGGGAGGGCCACCAGGAGUGGACGGACUUCGAGGUGUCGGUCCUGGUGGGAGGAGGGAUUGGAGUCACCCCCUUCGCUUCCAUCCUCAAAGACCUGGUCUUCAAGUCCUCCGUCAAGUUUAAGACCCAGUGUAGAAAAGUGUACUUUAUCUGGGUGACUCGUACGCAGCGUCAGUUUGAGUGGGUGUCUGACAUCAUUCGGGAGGUGGAAGAGCAGGACAGCGUGGACCUGGUCUCUGUCCACAUCUACAUCACACAGCUGGCAGAGAAGUUUGACCUGCGAACCACCAUGCUGUACGUGUGUGAGCGUCACUUCCAGAAGGUGUGGAACAAGAGCCUCUUCACCGGCCUGCGCUCCGUCACCCACUUUGGCCGUCCACCAUUCGUCUCCUUCUUCAGUUCUCUGCAGGAGGUGCACCCUGAGGUGGGUAAGAUCGGUGUGUUCAGCUGUGGUCCUCCUGGUCUGACUAAGAACGUAGAGAAGGGCUGCCAACAGAUGAACAAGAGAGACCAAACACAUUUCAUACAUCACUAUGAAAACUUCUAAACGUGUACAGCACUACUAGGGAUUUCUGCCCUUUACUAGGGACUUACUAGGCAUUACAAUACACACAACACAUGUUACUAUGGGAAAAUAAGAAUUACUGUGGGUAUCUCUGUCUUUCUUGGCAUUAUUUUGAUGCCGGAUGUAUAUAUUCUAUUACUUCUAAAUGUGAAGUCUUCUCUUGCUACACGACUGUACAACAAAACUGCACUGCUCGGGAUUUCUGUCCCUCAAGCAGAGAUGGAGAAGGCUAUAUACAUAUAUAUACACAUAUAUAUACACAUAUAUAUAUAUACACAUAUAUAUAUACACAUAUAUAUAUACACACAUAUAUAUACACAUAUAUAUAUACACACAUAUAGAUACACAUAUAUAUAUACACAUAUAUAUACACACAUAUAUAUAUACA